UGUUGAGCUGUAUCAUGAGCCACAACGUCUUCACGUCUCCGAAUUAUGGAGAUCGUCGUUCCAACGAAGUAUACGACGAGAAGGCCUCUGUCGACAUGAUUGAUCGAGUGGAAACCGGAAACACACCAGGAUUGACACGGAGGGAAGCGCCUGAAAUCGUUCGGAACAUGUCUCCAGAAGAGCGAGCGCAUGCCGAAAAGGCCCUGGUUCGAAAGAUUGAUUUCAGACUCAUGCCGAUGCUGGUAUUGAUGUACAUUCUGAACUACCUUGACCGCAACAAUAUCGCUUCAGCACGCUUAGCAGGACUGGAAACCGACCUGGCGUUGACAUCUUCCCAAUACGAGACCAGUGUUUCGAUCUUGUUCGUCGGAUACUUGCUAAUGCAAAUUCCUUCCAACCUGUUUCUUAACAAGAUUGGCAAACCCGCUCUAUAUCUCCCAACAGUGAUGUGCGUUUGGGGUGUCAUCUCAACGUGUACUGCUGCUGUCCAGAGCUUUGGAGGACUUGUAGCGGUCAGAUUCGUGCUAGCCGGCUGUUUGUUCUUCUUGUCUUCGUGGUACACUCGCAAGGAGCUCGCAUUCCGCUCCGCUGUACUCUACUCUGGCUCGUUGAUCUCAGGCGCGUUCUCCGGUCUCAUUGCCGCAGGCAUUCUCGAUGGCAUGCAGGGGCAUCUCGGAUUGUCGGCAUGGCUCAUCAUCGAAGGUACCAUCACUAUUGGAAUCGCUUUCCUCGCCUUCUUCGUUCUCCCCAACUUCCCACGUACGACCAAGUGGCUCUCCGAAGAAGAGCGCCAGCUCGCUGUAUGGAGGCUUCAAGAGGACAUUGGUAUGGAUGAUUGGGUCAGCAGCGAGGGACAAUCGUUCUGGCAUGGUUUCAAGCUUGCCUUUACAGACAUCAAGACAUAUGUUCUUAUGGCCUUGCUAUUCGGCAUCGUCGCCAGUGGUACCGUCACCAAUUUCUUCCCAACAGUCGUGCAAACUCUGGGUUACAGCAAGAUCAUCAGCUUGUGCUUGACCGCGCCGCCCUACGUUUUGGCUGUCAUCACCGCCUUCGCAAAUGCCAUACAUGCCGACCGCACUGGAGAGCGCUUCUUCCACAUCACGAUUCCUCUCCUGUUCGCGGUAGCCGCAUUCAUUAUCGCCGCCUGCACAACUUCCACCGCACCUCGCUAUGUUGCUAUGAUGCUCAUGGUCCCUGGAGUCUACACAGGCUACGUCGUUGCGCUCGCUUGGAUCAGUAACACCAUACCUCGUCCACCAGCUAAGCGUGCUGCUGCUCUUGCUGGAAUCAAUGCCAUCUCCAACGCCAGCAGUAUCUAUGCUUCGUAUAUGUAUCCUAGCUCAGCGGGGCCGAGAUAUGUUGUUGCGAUGAGUGUGAACUGUGUCAUGGCUGGGUUGGCAAUCGUUAUGGCCUUUACACUAAGGACGAUCUUGAUGAGGCUCAACAAGAAGCUGGAUAGAGGUGAGCAUGUGGAGGGUGCUGUGUCUUCUGGACAGGGAGUUCCCGGCGAGGCGGCGAAAAAGGGGUUCCGAUUCUUGUUG